UCGUCUACUUCCGGGUGGAAAGGUCUCUCGGCGUCUCACGUCUUCCCUCUCAACUUCUCUACCUCGGCCAAGAUGGCGGCCGGCACAGGCAGCGGAAGCGGGGCUGGGGCGGCCGGGGCUGCUUCCGUGGCGUCUUUGUGGAGCGAAGUGAAUCGCUGCGGCCAGAAUGGAGACUUCGGGCGAGCGCUGAAGUCGGUCAAUAAGAUAUUGCAGGUCAACAAAGAUGACGUGACUGCUCUGCACUGCAAAGUGGUUUGUCUUAUCCAAAAUGGAAAUUUUAAGGAAGCUCUCAGUGUGAUUCACACCCACACCAAAGUAUUGACCAGUGAUUUGAUAGCCUUUGAGAAGGCGUACUGUGAAUAUAGGCUGAACAGGAUUGAAAAUGCUCUGAAGACCAUUCAGGGAGCCAGCCAGCAGACAGACAAACUAAAGGAGCUCUAUGGACAAGUGCUGUACAGAUUAGAGCGUUAUGAUGACUGCUUAGCUGUGUACCGGGAUCUUAUUCGUAACUCUCAGGAUGACUAUGAAGAAGAACGAAAAACAAACCUUUCUGCAGUUACUGCUGCUCAGAGCACGUGGGAGAAAGUGGUGCCAGAGGAUUUGGGCCUUCAAGAAGCCACAUAUGAGUUGUGUUAUAAUGCUGCUUGUGCUUUGAUUGGGCAAGGCAAGCUGAAUGAGGCCAUGAAAAGCCUACAGAAAGCAGAAGAUUUGUGUCGUCAGUCGCUUUCGGAAGACUCAGAUGUCACCGAAGAAGACAUUGAGGCUGAACUGGCCAUUAUUCAUGGUCAGAUGGCUUAUAUUUUACAGCUUCAGGGUCAUACAGAGGAAGCUCUGCAACUUUAUAAUCAGAUAAUCAAACUGAAGCCAACAGAUGUGGGAUUGCUAGCUGUCAUUGCCAAUAACAUCAUUACUAUCAAUAAGGACCAAAAUGUCUUUGAUUCAAAGAAAAAGGUGAAGCUGACCAAUGCAGAAGGGGUUGAACAUAAACUCUCCAAGAAACAACUCCAAGCAAUAGAAUUUAAUAAAGCUUUGCUGGCCAUGUAUACGAGUCAGGCAGAUCAAUGCCGCAAACUGUCAUCAACUUUACAGGCACAGGACCCUGAACACCUCCUGCCUGUGUUAAUUCAGGCAGCUCAGCUGUGUCGAGAGAAACAACAUACCAAAGCAAUAGAGCUUCUGCAGGAGUUUGCUGAUCAACAUCCUGAGAAAGCAGCAGAAAUAAAGCUGACCAUGGCACAGCUGAAAAUUGCUCAAGGUAGUGUCACCAAAGCAUGCAUCAUCCUGAGGUCUAUAGAAGAGUUAAGGCACAAACCAGGCAUGGUAUCGGCAUUAGUAACUAUGUAUAGCCAUGAAGAAGAUAUUGAUAGUGCUAUAGAAGUUUUGCAACAGGCUAUUGAAUGGUAUCAGGAAUACCAGCCAAAGUCUCCAGUUCAUUUGUCACUCAUAAGGGAAGCUGCCAACUACAAGCUAAAACAUGGCCGGAAGAAGGAAGCCAUCAGUGACCUGGAGGAACUGUGGAAGCAGAAUCCAGAUGAUGUACACACCUUGGCCCAGCUCAUCUCUGCUUACUCUCUGGUUGAUGCUGAGAAAGCUAAAAUUCUCAGCAAACACUUGCCCUCCUCGGACACAAUGUCUUUGAAAGUAGAUGUGGAUGCACUUGAAAAUUCACAUGGGGCUACAUAUGUUCGAAAGAAAGGAGGGAAACCCACACCUGAGAACCCGCAAAAAGAACAAGGCCAAGGGGAUGUCAAGAAGAAGAAGAAGAAAAAGAAAGGAAAACUGCCAAAGAACUAUGACCCCAAAAUGACCCCUGACCCUGAGCGAUGGCUUCCAAUGCGGGAACGGUCCUACUAUCGCGGGAGGAAGAAGGGCAAGAAGAAGGACCAGAUUGGGAAAGGAACACAGGGAGCAAUGACAGGUGCAUCCUCGGAAUUAGAUGCUAGCAAGACUGCCAGCAGCCCUCCUACUUCCCCGAGGCCUGGCAAUGUCACAACUGUCCCAUCUGCAUCAACCAGCAACAUGGUACCACCAAGGCAUCAAAAGCCCGUUGGCGCAGCAGCAACCAAGAAGAAACAGCAACAGAAGAAGAAGAAAGGCGGGAAAGGAGGCUGGUGAUCUGGACAAGCAGCCUGUUCCUAAUGAGAUUGUCUGCCCUUUUUCAUCCAAUUUCAAGUGCAAAGAGCUUAAUAAAAAGAUCAAACAAAGAGCAAGAUGGAUGGGAGUUUGUCAAAGAUUGUUGGUUCUUCUUUAGGGAAAAGAGAGGAGUUCCUUUUUUCUUUAUAGUCCCCACUGUGGGUUGUGACAUUAUUACCUACCAGUUCCAGCCUUUGAAGAAAUGUUACUUAAUAAUGUAGUGGUAGCUCUGGCACUUACUAUCUACUGAUCAAUGAAUGUCUUGUUUUGUUUGGUACCAAAAUCACACCUACAGUUGUACAUUUUACUGAAGUCUAAAUUACAGCUGCUUUUUGACAUACUUGAAAUGUGCGGGCUUAGAGUUAAAAAAACAGCAAUGUUGCUAUGUGGAGAGUCCAGAAAUCUCAAUCUAAGGAUGUCAGUAUUUCAGUACUGUCUGCAAAUAUGGUUUCUGUCUACAAGUAAAUACCUUGAGUACAGUU